CAUUUACACGCGCAACACAUAUUCAGAGGAAAGGACGCACGGAAGUCUCCCCCCUGAUUUCAGCGCUUUUUUUUUUUUUUGCUUCUCUAUAAGCGACAGAAAAAAAGUUGCGAGAGGAGCGUCAGAUACGACAUUGUCGCUUCACCUAAGUCCAAAAAUACAUUUAUUUGAUUUUUUUUUUUCGCAGCAGGAGAUUAUUUAUACAUUUACUGUCAUUGACGUCCGUUGCUGUUCCGCACAAGUCGACGCUGCGGGUCCGUUUGUUGUCGGACUUUCCUCUUGCAGACUGGAUACCGGUCUGCGUGCUGAGGACGAGUGAAGAACAGGAGUGGAACUCCUCACGUACGCACAAAGGGGCCCAAAAACGCACCAGUCAUGGCGGCAGUGUUGCCGAGGACGCUGGGCGAGCUUCAGCUGUACCGGAUCCUCCAGCGAGCCAACCUGCUCUACUACUACGAAGCUUUCAUCCAGCAGGGUGGCGAUGACGUGCAGCAGCUAUGCGAAGCCGGUGAGGAGGAGUUCCUUGAAAUCAUGGCGCUGGUCGGUAUGGCCAGCAAGCCACUCCACGUUAGGCGCCUGCAGAAGGCCUUGCGCGACUGGGUAACCAACCCAGCCAUCUUCAACCAGCCUCUCACCUCGCUCCCGGUGUGCAGCAUUCCUGUAUACAAGCUGCCUGAAGGUUCUCCCACACUGCUGGGUUCCCAGGACCGAGCCAACACAUCCAGUGUCAAGAUUCCCAAAUCAGUCGCCACCUGCUCAGACACAGGAAAACUGGAUGUGACUCGGGACAAAGUAUCUGUAAGCUCACCUCUUCCUGGAAACGCCGAAUCUCGGUUCUGGUCAGGACAUAGCAACGAUAGCGAGCAUAGCCUGUCACCAACCGACCUAGGUUCCCCAUCUUCUCCAAGAGACGUAAUGGAAGCUCUGGAUGUGGCUGCGGUGCAGUCGGUGCUGGAGUGUGUGGACAGGAUGGCGCCAGGGCUUGCCAAGGUGGACAUUGCUGAUGUUAAAGAGCAACUCAAGAGCAACAAGAAACUAGCCAAGAUGAUCGGACACAUCUUUGAGCUAAGCGACGAUGACCCGCGUAGGGAGGAGGAGAUCCGCAAGUACAGUGCCAUUUACGGACGCUUCGACUCCAAAAGAAGGGAUGGAAAACAUCUGACGCUUCAUGAGCUGACAGUGAACGAGGCUGCAGCGCAGCUCUGCAUGAGGGACAUGGCUCUGCUCACACGCAGAGACGAGCUGUUUGGGCUCGCCCGACAGAUCUCAAGAGAGGUCACUUACAAAUACACCUACCGCACUAGCAAAUCUCGCUGUGGGGACCGUGAUGAGCCAUCUCCAAAAAGGAUUAAAACUGAGGAGAACUUCUUCGACAUCCAGGAAGCACUUCAGGCCAUCCACAUGAGGCAGGAAAUGCUGAGGGAGCAGCUGGCCUGCGCCAAGUCUAAAGGAGAUGAAAGCAUUGGAAGGAAUCUGCAGAUGCAGCUAGAGCGUCUGCUGGCGAGACAGAUGGAAAUCCUCCAGGACGCCGCAGUCCAGGAGCGACUGCAGGCUCUGGAUUGGAGGAUUCCCGCUGCUGCCUUGAAGUACCUCACCAACGCCCAGAAUACCAACGGGGCUGCCAGUGACUCCAGCAAGGAGAAUCAAGAUGAGCGACCUGUAAACUUGCGCGUCGUGAGCCAAACCAUGCAGGAAGGUGACCUUCCGUUAGGUAAACAGCUUGCCAAUGAGCUGAAACGUCACCACAACAACAACAGCAGCACAGACGAGACCAAAACACCAGCAACAGAAAAUGGGAUGUCACAGCGAGCAGCCGGCAACACAGACAAAAAGAUCAUCAAAUCAGAACCUGAGGACUCAACAUAGUGCCGCCCGCCUGGUCUCAUGGUAGUAUGCAUUUAUCAGCUGUCACUAGAAACUAAGCAAGCACAGCCGCAGUAGAGCCUUAACAACCAAUGUUGCCUCACGAAGAGCAUUUAUUUUCCUUGAUUUCAUCUUUGUGUCGGUGCCAAAGCAUCAAGAGCGCCUCAAGACAUGACCCUCCAUGCUUGCCAGGUCUUAUCGCUACUAGACGUAUGUUUGCUUUCUUACCUCUCAACAGCUGUUUUUGUUGCUUUUGUUUGCGACGUUCAUGCUGGGCUUGAAUUUGACCUCGGCCUCUGUUAGUCUCCCAAAUGAACUUUUGUGUUGGAAGCAAAUGGGUUCUCGAUUUUUGGGAUGGCUCCACAUCUCCUCUCUCUUCUCCUGUGUAUAUUAUUAAUGAGAGAUGAUUUGAAAAGACACAAAAGCAGGGGAACCCUAAGUAUGGUUGUUGCUUUGUGUCACACUGCUGGUGGCAUCCAGAACCACACAUCUGCAGAUAGAAUACACCAGGACUGAAGAUAUGAUAUUGCACCCUACUUUCAGGUGUGUCCUCGCAGAGUGUAAAUACUUCUGUGAUAACAAAUUGUCUUAGCCUAAUCUCAGCCAGGGUUCUGCUAUGUCAAGUGUAACUGUGCUGUAUAUGUUUGUGCCAAUAGCGUUCAUGUGCAUAAAAAAAUGAACUUUCAGUGUCACAGAGGAAAAAAACUGAAGUGUAUAAAUGCGGUGUAUAAAACCUGCUGAACACGAUGACUAUGGUGAUAUUGACUAUCUCUUAGUGCAUAUUUCAUGUGUGUUGAUGUUUACCCGUAGAAACAUUACAAGAGUUUUGUGGUCGGAGUUGGUCGGACUCUCCUCGCCCCAGUCAGUGGCAGACCAAUGCAAUAUACUGUAGUAUAUGUGACUAACAUGUAUGAAAUGUUUUGUGACUGUCUGUCUAUCCUUGGAACCGGAUAAUGUUGUCUUAACGUGCAACACUGUAUUUGUAUUUUAAAAAUUGUCAUGGAAUUCAUUGUUUUGUGUCGAGAAACUAGUGAGGACUCACAAUCACGUUGUGAUGUUUUCAGUGGAGCUCCCCAGCCUGACGCCUUGCCGGCCUCUCCUCAAUGUCUCCUCACAAUGGUAGAUUAGGCUCCACAUAGUUAUGCACCUGUUUUUUUUUAAACACUAAAAUAUUUUAUUUGUUAUAUAGCACAUAACAUUAAAAUUUAUUUUUUGAACCCUAUCGUGAUGAUUGCUCUCUG